AUUCGGCUUUAGUUAGCAGUGCUGGGCUGCCCACUAAGAUCCGGUCUUGCUAGUCUAUACCUUCUUACCUUUCCAUUUUCUCUCUAUCUACCAUUAUUAUGAUCUACCGAUUUGUGGCAACUGUUGCCAUAUUGGCAGCCAACGCUCACUGUCAAUACUAUCAAUGGCCAGAACAACAUCAACAAUUUAAUAAUUUCAACGGAUUCCCGCAAUUCCAACAGCAACAGUUUCAACAACCACAGCAGUUCCAGCAGCAACCACAAUUCCAGCAACAACAACAAAAUUAUCAGCAAUUCCUAGCUCAACAACAGUACCAACCACAAUUCCAAGCUCAGCAACAGCCUCAGCAACCACAAUAUUUCCAACCACAGCAACAGCAGCAGCCUGUACAGUACCAACAACAGCAACCACAGCAACCACUUCAAUAUCAGCAGCAACCACAACCAGCUCCACCACCAAUCUACUCACAAACUGUUGUUAUCCCACAAGCUCCACCCCCACCACCAGAGGCUUAUCAGCAACAACAAUAUGGUCCAUCUCAGCAGAAUCCAGUAAUGGUUCAACCAGCCGAUAUCCCAAGAUAUCAUCAGAAGCCUCAGCCAGUUCCACAAGUACCAGAUGUUGCAUUCCAACAUGUGAAUACUGCUAGAAGUGUUCAACAAGUCGAUUUUGAUAAUAAAUUGUUCCGAGAGCAACCAAAUUCAUUCACUCAAAACCAAGAAAAGAUCACUCUGCUCGCCCAACCACCACCACCUCCGGCACCUCCAGCACAGACUCAGGCACCACUUAUCCGUGUCCCUCCGCCGCCAGCCAGAUUCAUUCCAACUUUAAAAUCUCUGUACAGUAUUGAUCCUCCACGUCCAAAGAAUCCAUCUUACAAACCCGAUGAAAUUAUUGUCGAUGGUCAUCGAUCUUAUUUUGAGGAUACACAAAGAACAAGACCACAGUCUACCAAGACCCGUGUUCAAUCAGUAGGAGGAAGCGUUCAUUCAAGUUCUGCCAAUAUUCCACGAACAUCUCAACCAGCCGCUGUUGUAUCUCCACCACAACAACGUACAUUUGUCAGACCAAAUGAGCAAUUCCAACAACCCCGUGUCGUUCGUCCACAACCACAGCAGCAAUUGACACGUCCAGCUCCAGCUCGGCCGCAAACUAGAAGACCUGUUCCACAGCCACAACAAGCAACACGACCAGCUCCUCGUCCAGUUGCUCCAAAGAGCCAUUUGGCACAACAACCUGCUCCAGUGACUGCUCCAGUUGCCAAGCCAAGAACUGCCAGUGCAAAAUUCCUCCAGUGCUGCAAGGGACGUAAGGUGCAUAAUUCUUGCGAACGAAUUUGUAGUUUUGAUGUUCUUUCGAAGAAAGUUCUAACUGGAAUGUUCCUUGGAACUGAUGCAUGCCCACAACAUCACGGUCUAGAUCUGAUGCAGUGUGCUGCUGAUAAUGAUGAUCACACUGCAUGCUGUAUUGAUCGAGAAGUUGAUAAAACGUCUGCUGGAAAGAAAUGCCUUGGAUUCUGUAACAUGAAACCGGGAAUUACAUUCCAGGCUGAUGUAUCGAUGCUUCCAUGCUGGUCUGUCCUCAACGAUAUCAAGCAAUGUUUCAAGGAGAAUUUGGAACGACAACUUGCUGCCCUUUAAUACUAAUACAAUUGAAACUGAGCUCUCUUCAAAAUGCCAACCCCCACUUCAAUCUAGUCCUUGCCAUGUUAAAUUAUUACUCCGCCUUCCAAUUUAUCUUUUUUCUAAUUGAACCGGUGUUGUACAAUUUUUUGGUUAUCAGAUUGGUUUCAUUUGAAUUGGACUUGAUUGUCACUCUGGUAACCAAAAACGUUAAAUGUAACAUACCUAGCGAAAAAGUGAAAUGUAUUGAAAAUAGAAAACUAUUAAAAAGAAUGAAGAAAAUUCAUGAUGA